AUGAGUGUGGGUUCAGACGCAGAGCUUCUGGAAGACACUGAAAAGGGACCAAAAUGGAACCAUAAAGAGUCCAAAAAGAAGAAGAGAAGCUAUGACCCACGAUAUGCGGUGCCAACCUAUGAAGAGAAGCAAAUGAUGCGAAAUGCAGACAUGGAUAUCGAGAUGUCUCUGUUGGAAGUGGAGGUAUGUUUGUUUGUUUGUUCGUUGGCUGUGCCUUGUGACAGUGUCUCAUCCGAUACGUAGGCUGCUGAGUUUGUCAAGACUCUUUCGCUCCCUCACAAGUGUGAGGGCAAAAUAAAGUCCUUUAUCAAGAAAGUGGAAGAUUUCUUGCAGCAACUCCCCGAGAAGGACGUACUUGUGUUCUACAAAUUAGACUCAAGCACAGAUCACACUUGACGAUGUCGACAAGGAAAGUACGUUCAUUCACACCAUCCCAGGCCAUACCGCCCCUCUCCGCAUCCAUUUCUGCAAG